AGAAAGACUAGGAAAUUAUGUGAAAUCCAACAGCAUCUCUCCUGACAGCAGACACACUCAGAAGUUAUCCUCAGAGGCCUCAGCAGCCUACAAAACAUGGAGAAUGACCAGCACCCUGGGAGUUCAGGCUGGAACAGACAUCUUGAUGCCCACCACGGAGAGAAGAUAGAAACUGAAGCAGGAGCAGCUGCCCCACUCCAUCCUGAUACCUUCAGCCCAAGACCAGAGCAAGACUUGAAUUUCAGCAAUGACUCAAGCUCCAACUCUUCCAUGACCACAAAGGAGCUCCAGGAAUAUUGGAGGAAUGAGAAACGCCACUGGAAACCAGUCAAACUGCUCUUUGAAAUCUCAUCCACCAGAAUUGCAAAAAAAUUUUCUUCCAAAUAUGUGGUGUAUAAAAUCAUCGUCAUCCAGACAGGGAGUUUUGACAGCAACAAAGCCAUCUUGGAGAGGCGGUACUCCGACUUUGAGGUCCUCCAGAAAAGUCUCCUGAAGAAUUUCAGUGAAGAAAUUGAAGAUAUCGUCUUCCCUAAGAAAUACUUGACAGGCAACUUCACAGAGGAGAUGAUCAGUGAGAGGAAGCUUGCCUUCAAGGAGUACCUGAGCCUUCUGUAUUCCAUCAGGUGCGUGCGCAGCUCCAGGGAGUUCAUCGACUUCCUCACCAGAGCAGAGCUGAAGGAGGCCUAUGGCUGCCUCAGGGCAGGACAGUACAUCAAGGCCUUGGAUAUUUUUAUCCAGGUGGUGCCCCUGCAGGAGAAACUCACCCGCCACUGCCCCACUCUGGUGAUCCCUUCCCUAUGUGCCAUGCUGGUGUGCCACCGUGACCUGGAAUGCCCUGCAGAGGCCUUUGAGGUGGGUGAGAAGGCCCUUCUCCACUUGCCCACCCGCUCUAGUCACAGGUACUAUGUCCCAUUGCUGGAGGCUAUGAUCCACCUGGCCUACAUGCUGGGGAAGGACUUUGUGUCUUUGCAGGAGAAGCUAGAAGAAAGCCAGCUCCAGAAGCCCCCAGCUAGAGGGAUCACCUUGAAAGAGCUGGCUGUUCGAGAGUAUCUACACUAAAGGAAGUGAUCAUAAGAAUAGCUCACGUUUCUGUAUGGCCUUGCAGUCAAGUCAGGUCAAGUUAACAAGGAUUUAUUAAACUUUUACUAUGUGCCAGGAGCCAUACUAAGUACUAGGGAUACAAAGAAAGGCAAAAAUGAUCUCUACCCAGAAAGGGCUCACAUUCUAGUAUAGGAGACAACAUGUAACUAUGUAGAUAGAUCACAAGUAGGUAGACAAAAGAUACAUACAGAGUAGAUAUUAGACACUGUGAGGGUAAGGCAAUAACAGCUGGAGGGACAAAGGAUUCCUUGAAUAAGUGGCAUUUGAGCUGAGACUUAAAGAAAGUCAGAGAACCUAAGAGGUAGAGGUGAACAUUCCAUCAUGGGGAAUGGCUGCUACAACUGUGGAGAGAGGACAUUAAAUGUCAUAUUCAAGGCCACUGUUGCGAGGACAAAGAGUGUGUGGUGGAGAAUAAGGGGUAAGAAGGUAGGAAGGCAGCUCUAAAAACUCUUUCUUUUACAACAGACCUAGGUGGUGCAUUGGAUAGAGUACCAGGC